AUGGAGUCGGGCGAAAGGGGGUGGCAUGUUGCCGUGCACAAGGAGGUGCCUUCCGUGCCUGGCUUUGAACUUGGUGGUGCUGAUGGUACUGCUGUCGUUGGUGGUCCUGUUGAUGGUGGUGCUGAUGGUACUGCUGUCGUUGGUGGUCCUGUUGAUGGUGGUGCUGAUGGUACUGCUGUCGUUGGUGGUCCUGUUGAUGGUGGUGCUGAUGGUAGUGCUGUCGUUGGUGGUCCUGUUGAUGGUGGUGCUGAUUGUACUGCUGUCGUUGGUGGUCCUGUUGAUGGUGGUGCUGAUGGUACUGCUGUCGUUGGUGGUCCUGUUGAUGGUGGUGCUGAUGGUACUGCUGUCGUUGGUGGUGCUGUUGAUGGUGGUGGUGAUGGUACUGCUGUCGUUGGUGGUGCUGUUGAUGAUGGUGGUGCUGAUGGUACUGCUGUCGUUGGUGGUGCUGUUGAUGGUGGUGCUGAUGGUACUGCUGUCGUUGGUGGUGCUGUUGAUGAUGGUGGUGCUGAUGGUACUGCUGUCGUUGGUGGUGCUGUUGAUGGUGGUGCUGAUGGUACUGCUGUCGUUGGUGGUGCUGUUGAUGAUGGUGGUGCUGAUGGUACUGCUGUCGUUGGUGGUGGUCGUGAUGGUGGUGGCGGGUGUGGGGUGGAAGGCGGUGAUGACCCGCCAACAGACAAAACACCUGUACAAUGA